CAUGACCGUGCAGUUAGCCAAGGUUUUUCCGAGUUGUUUGGGUUGAGUUCAGGAGAAGCAUGGCCAGGUCGAGUCGGUACCUACGCCAACUUCAGGGACCUCUGCUUCCACCCAAGGAUCUGGUGGAGGAGGACGAAGACUACCUAAACGACGACGUGCAGGAGGAUGAAGACUCCGUGUUCGUCGACGCCGAAGAGCUCUGCAGUGGGGGCGUAAAGGCUGGCAGCCUCCCCGGGUGCAUCCGCGUUUUAAUUCCUGAUGAAAACACACAAGAGACAUGUAAAGUGUUGGGACGUUUUCCGAUAACAGGUGCUUGGUGGAGAGUGAAGGUACAAGUAAAGCCUGUGGUGGGAUCAAGGAGCUAUCAAUAUCAAGUUCAAGGAUUUCCGUCUUACUUUUUGCAGUCUGAUAUGUCACCACCAAAUCAAAAACAUAUCUGUGCUCUCUUUCUUAAAGAGUGUGAGGUCUCCAGUGAUGAUAUUAAUAAAUUUUUAGCAUGGGUAAAUGAGGCAUCAAACUACAAAAACCUAAACUUUGAAAAUCUUAGGGAAACACUAAGAACUUUCCACAAGGAAACUGGAAGGAAAGAUCAAAAGCAGCCUGCACAGAAUGGUCAGGAAGAGUUGUUCCCAGACAAUGAGAUGAGCCUUCCUCUGGAAAACAAAAUUCCAUUUAGAAAUGUAAUGACAGCUUUGCAGUUUCCGAAAAUAAUGGAAUUCCUUCCAGUUCUUCUGCCUCGACACUUUAAAUGGCUCAUAGAGUCAGGUUCUAAAGAGAUGUUGAAAGAGAUAGAAGAGAUUUUAGGUACACAUCCGUGGAAACUUGGAUUUAGUAAAAUAACCUACAGAGAGUGGAAACUGUUGCGAUGUGAGGCAAGUUGGAUAGCAUUUUGUCAGUGUGAGUCUCUCCUCCAGCUGAUGACUGAUUUGGAGAAGAAUGCAUUAAUAAUGUAUUCCAAACUGAAGCAGAUAUGUAGAGAACAUGGACACACAUAUGUUGAAGUGAAUGACUUAACUUUGACAUUGUCAGAUCAUAUGUCAUUUCAUGCUGCUUCGGACUCUCUGAAGUUUUUGAAGGAUAUUGGUGUGGUGACAUAUGAGAAGGCCUGUGUCUUCCCUUACGACCUUUACCAGGCUGAAAGAGCCAUCGCCUUUUCAAUUUGUGACCUGAUGCAGAGGCCUCCUUGGCGUUUAUGUGUCGAUGUCAAAAAGGUGCUUGCUUCUAUUCACACCACAAAACCUGAGAAUUCAAGUGAUGAUGCAUUGAAUGAGAGCAAACCUGAUGAAGCAAGAUUAGAAAAUCCUGUGGAUGUUGUGGACACACAGGACAGUGGUGACCAUAUUUGGACUAAUGGUGAAAAUGAAAUUAAUGCAGAAAUAAGUGAAGUUCAGCUGGAUCAGGAUCAGGUUGAAGUUCCACUGGAUCGGGAUCAGGUGGCUGCUUUGGAGAUGAUUUGCUCCAAUCCUGUGACAGUCAUAAGUGGGAAAGGUGGAUGUGGGAAGACCACAAUCGUUAGCCGUCUUUUUAAGCAUAUAGAGCAGUUGGAAGAAAGAGAAGUAAAAAAUGCCUGUGAAGAUUUUGAACAAGACCAGAAUGCUUCAGAAGAAUGGAUUACCUUUACUGAGCAAAGUCAACUAGAGGCGGGCAAAGCUAUAGAAGUUUUGCUCACAGCACCUACAGGGAAAGCAGCUGGCUUACUAAGACAGAAAACUGGUCUUCAUGCCUACACACUGUGUCAGGUCAAUUAUAGCUUCUAUUCAUGGAAUCAAACAAUGAUGACCACAAACAAACCAUGGAAAUUUUCUUCGGUUAGAGUUCUGGUUGUGGAUGAAGGGAGUUUGGUGUCUGUAGGAAUCUUCAAAUCGGUCUUAAAUUUAUUGUGUGAGCACUCCAAACUUUCUAAGCUUAUUAUCCUUGGUGACAUUAGACAGUUACCCAGUAUUGAACCUGGUAACUUGCUGAAAGAUCUUUUUGAGACUCUAAAAUCAAGAAAUUGUGCUAUUGAGCUAAAGACAAACCAUAGAGCAGAAUCUCAGCUAAUUGUGGACAAUGCUACAAGAAUCUCAAGACGCCAGUUUCCAAAAUUUGAUGCAGAACUAAAUAUCUCUGAUAAUCCAACAUUACCCAUCUCAAUUCAAGAUAAGACAUUUAUUUUUGUCAGACUCCCAGAAGAGGAUGCCAGUUCUCAGUCAUCUAAAACUAAUCAUCACUCUUGUUUAUAUUCUACAGUUAAAACUUUACUGCAAGAAAAUGACUUACAAAAUGCAAAAACAUCACAAUUUAUUGCAUUUAGAAGGCAAGACUGUGAUCUAAUUAACGACUGCUGCUGCAAACACUACACAGGCCACCUCAACAAAGACCAUCAGAACAGACUUGUGUUUGGAAUUGGUGAUAAAAUUUGUUGUACUAGGAAUGCAUACCUCUCAGACUUACUCCCUGAAAAUAUCUCUGGAAGUCAGCAAAAUAAUGAUCUAGACACCAGUGGUGAAGACUUUUCUGGUACUCUUCAUGAUUUUGCUAAAAAUAAGCAUGACUUUGAAAGUAAUGUUCGACUGUGCAAUGGAGAAAUAUUUUUCAUAACUAAUGAUGUAACUGAUGUAACUUUUGGAAUGAGAAGAUCUUUGACCAUUAAUAAUAUGGCUGGCCUGGAAGUAACUGUGGAUUUUAAGAAGCUGAUGAAAUAUUGUCACAUAAAACAUGCAUGGGCAAGAACUAUUCACACUUUUCAGGGGUCCGAGGAGCAAACAGUUGUCUAUGUGGUGGGGAAGGCGGGCCGCCAGCACUGGCAGCACGUCUACACCGCCGUGACCAGGGGCCGCUGCCGAGUGUAUGUGAUUGCAGAGGAGUCUCAGCUCCGGAAUGCCAUUAUGAAAAACAGUUUUCCUAGAAAAACUCGUUUGAAAUAUUUCUUGCAAAGUAAGCUCUCCUCUAGCGGUGCACCUCCAGCAGAUUUUCAGUCCCCACGGAAGAGCUCUGGAGACAGUGGAGGACCCAGCACACCGUCAGCAUCUCCACUCCCUGUAGUCACAGACCACGCCAUGACAAAUGAUGUCACCUGGAGCGAGGCCUCUUCGCCUGAUGAGAGGACACUCACCUUUGCUGAAAGAUGGCAAUUAUCUUCACCUGAUGAAGUGGAUACAGAUGAUGAUUUACCAAAAUCGCGAGCAUCCAAAAGAACCUGUGGUGUGAAUGAUGAUGAAAGUCCAAGCAAAAUUCUUAUGGUGGGAGAAUCUCCACAAGUGUCUUCCAGACUUCAGAAUUUGAGACUGAAUAAUUUAAUUCCCAGGCAACUUUUCAAGCCCACAGAUAAUCAAGAAACUUAGUUUUAUUUCAAAUUGCUCAGAGUAACUAUUUUUUCUUUUGGAGACAAAAUGAACAUCGUAACGUCAAAGUACCAAGAUAAAAAAAGUUGCCCAUAA